UAGAUCGGGUGCUGCUGGUGACGCAUGUGGACACAUUCCUUUCAGCGAGAAUGCCAAUUUCAACUGUGCUCACACUAAAGUCUGAACCUUGUUUGGCAUGUAAACAAAACAGGGACGUUUGUUUUACAUAUGUGUAUACACAAAGAGGAAAACCUAAACCAGCUGCUGUCUAAUCUCGGAUCACAAAAUAACGUUUCAGCCAUAAUGGAAACCUCAGAAUGUAACUUGAAUGUAGAUGUAGAAAUUUUGUACGACAUCCGGAGUUUCUGAAGUUGUCAUCGUUGGAGUGCAAAAAUGAAAAACGCCGGAAGGGGGGUACUCCAGACAUGCGCUAAGCAGAACAUGGAACCUGAUUAAAGGACUAAACAGAAUUUUGAUUGCUGCGAUAGACUUCGCUAGAAAGUUCAUUCUGUCAAAAACAGUUAAACGGCUGACGAAUUUUGUUGUUGCCCUGCUUCAGUUUAAACAUUUAAAAAUCAUCACCUCAUUUGGAUACUUCCGCAAAAGAGAUUCCACCGUACAGGAUCGAUCUCGAUCCCCCUUUGCAACGAUGCCAGAUAAAUAAUUUGUGGCUGCGCUUUUUAUCUAAAUGUACACAAAUGUUUUUCUAUGUGUUUAAAUUCGACGAAACUUAGCUAAAAAUUGCAUUUUAUAGUUUAUUUUAUCGAUCGGCAGCUGCGUAUAGUACUUCGAAAUCAUUACGCUGCUGUUGUUUGUAACGAGUCCCAAAAUAAACGGAGAGCGCAUUCUGUUGGUUCCACUAGCAGACCCUAUAGUAGUACGUAUAUCGGUGAAUAUAUUGCCCAGCGAUCGAUUCCCUCUCGUUUACCCAAGCACACACAUCGACCACCACGAACGGGGGAAGAAAGAUAUAAUGUAUAUAAGGGCACCCAGCAACGCCCAGCCACUCCCAUUGCCGCGCGCGUACUGCGCUCGACGAGCAGCGCGCAACCGAAGAAUAGGAAGGCAUGUGCUUGGAAAAGGGAUGACAAGCGUUCAAGAGACACACACGUAUAUAUGUAGUCAAAAAGUGUAGACUCCCCACAGAAAAUAUCGCAGUUGGUUCCGGUGACCGUCGCAUCUCCGGCUCUUCUCUGCUUUUUCUUUCAAAAAAAUUCCUACAGGAAAAAGAAGAAGUGCUGCAUGCCAUAAUUUCGUCGGUUCUAAGUCGGUGCGUAAGGGAGUAGUGCGACUUUAGUGCGCUAUCCCGAUUAUUUUCAAACAAAUUUGGUUCAUCGAGAGCAACCAGUAAACAAAUAAAAUAAAAUAAAACGAAAAAAAACAGAAGAGAGAAUUCGAUUGCGAAGAAAAAGCGCUCAACACUUUUGAUUCGAGUGAUCCACUGAGCAGCGUGUAUAAUUAAAGAUACACAAAAAAACCAGACACAGACGAUAUGAUUUGUCAUCGGUGGUUGAUUGUGUUGGCCGUAGCGCUGACCAGUCCUUCGUCACGAGGUCUCAUCCAUCCAAAGUCCAUGUCCAAUUUGUACUCGUCAUCCGAUAAUAAUCGCAGCAACAACGAUGACGGUGCAGCCAACUCUCAGUCGCUGACAUCUGACGCGGAGGCUGAAGCGCUAGCCCUCCAGUCCGAAACAGCCGAUAACACCAUCCAGCAACCGGACCAACGCUGGAUCAAACCAUCCCCGAAAGCUCUGCGACUGGGCGAUAAAUGUUCGCAAACGGAAGACUGCAGCUUGGUGACUCAUUCGCAUUGCGACACGGAAAAGGGCGGCGUCUGCGCCUGUACUCCCCAACACCCCGUCGAAGGUGGCACGUUAUGCACACAAGGGCGACAGUUGAACGACAGUUGCACGUUCAAUGGCCAGUGCGUGGAGAGCGACCGCAACAUGGAAUGCCGCGAUCACGUCUGCCAGUGCGCUUACGAUUUUAAAGCCACUUUCUACAUGGGAGGCAAUAUCGUCUGCACCAGUACAUCGGUAUCGGAUGAAAUGGGAACUUAUAUCAAUCCGACCAUGAUUGGAGCUCUCAGCGGGUUGAUUCUCAUGUUCAUCAUCAUGUGUGUCGUCCUCCGAUUAUUCAGCAAGGCCAGGUGGAGAGAGAACCGCACCAUUUUCAACACGCCAAAUCCGCGUUUAGCCAAUGCAUCACUUCUGAAAGAAGUCACUUCUAAACAGCAAGUGGCAGGAAGUCGACGAAGCAGUUUGGCCAAAAGUGGCAGUCGACAGUCGUCCCUGAUUUCGAUUCCGCACGCCCAUCUUGACGCUCCAGGAACGUCUCGUCGGCCUUCUUUGACGCGCUACGGACCUAACGUGACUACUGCUACGAUCGCCACCAGCACUAACGAUGGGGGCAAUAGCAGCGCGUUCGCACAACCGUCUGAAAAGGAGAAGCUACUUGAUCAACAUCAAAUAUGCGUCCAAGUCGACGAGCAGGCCAUUUCAUCCGUCUGAACAUUUAGAAUUUAAUUUCUUUCAAAUAAAGCUAUUGACUCGAAUGGAUAAUAAAAACAAAUUGAUAGGAUUGGUCAUCAGCGGAAUUUUGGUAAUGGUUUUAUUGAUCGGAUUCUUCGCAGUUAUUUAUGACCUUUACAAUUCAUCAUUGUCGGAUCAUUUGAGACAAACACCCAAAUAGAAAUGUUUUUUUUCUUCAUCAUUUACUUCAUUAAUUCCCUUAUGGAAUGACAAAUAAAAAAAAAUAAUAACACAAAAGUAAAGCCUAUAUAUACAGCUUAUAAUUGCAUUAUUGUAAUAAUUAGGAUUUUAUAUAUGUAUAGAUAGUAACACAUACAGCACUCUAAAGCAGAGCAUACAGUGUACCAGGAGCCCAUUCUAUAAUAAUUAAAUUUGUUGUACAUUUCCCAAAAUUGAAUUAUUUGAAAGGCCCCCGAAACGCCACUCGUGCUGCACUAAAAACAACUGUGUGCUGCGUGUACGCGCGCGCGUGUGUGUGUGUGUGUGUUGUGUUUGUGUAUGCCACCAAUCUGUGGGUUCAUCUCAUCAGCUCUAUUGCCUUUCCAAAUGAUUUUCCCUCUCUUAAUUGUAUUAGCUCUGGUCUUUUUAGUAUUCCUUUUUUUUUAAAUUUCAUUAUGUAAGCUAGUGUAUUUUCUUUAGUUAUAAUGGAUUUAACGUUUUGUCUGGAAUUGAAUUGUAUUCUGUUUCUUCGGGGCAGAGACAACUGUUUUGAAGUUUUUCCCAUCAUUGUCCAUCGAAGAAGGAAUUUUUCUUCAUUCGCAAAUGUAAUAUUGCUGUGUUUUGUUUAUGUUUGACACUUUGUGAAUUUCUUUAUCUAUUUAUUCAAAUGAUAAAAUUCACCCUUUUUUUUUUUUUGUAUCUAUCAUAUAGAGUCUUGUUUUAAAUAUUUGCCAUCAUCUGUUCUUGUCCAGUGACAUAACUAUUAAAUUAUUAUUGGCAAAACUGUCUGUUUAUUUAGAUCUUGUUUAUCAUUAGGCGUAAAAACAAUUGAAUAUUCCUGGCUGGACGAGAUGACCCUGCAUAAACAUAAGAGUCAUCCAAACAGUUGCGCUUUUGAUAUCACCAGUUGCCAUUCAAGCUUUACAUCCUUUUCUAUAUGUGCUCUAUAUUUUAUAUUCACAGUAAAAAACAAACAUAUAAAAAAAAAACAUUCCCCUUGCUAUUUCGUAUACGAUAUAAUUAGCUUUUGUUUGCCCUUUUAAUCAAAUUGUCUACGUAUCAAAAUAUCAAAUGUUCUUAUCCUUUAUAUUUUUCAUAUUUUGUACUCUUUGUAAUUUAACAUGGCCCGAUUAGUAACGCAUUGUAUUUCAAUCUAUCAAAUUUUUUUUUCGUGUUGGUGUACAUCGCUGUAUAUAAAAGAAGCACGUAUAUUACUGCCAUUUGCAUAAAACAAUUAUCUUUUGCUGAUUUUACAUUCAUCACCGUCAAUCAUUCAAAUUUUUCUUAAAUAGAAGUAACGUUGAUUUUCGCCCGCAUAACGUGCACCACAAAGAAUGCGAAUCGCACUGAUGCCCAGUUAAAUCAAUUGUUUGUUUUCUUGUUCUAUUAUUAAUCUCUUCUCUAUAUACUGUCAUCCCUCGCUGCUGCCUCAAUAAUUUCCCAUCUACUAAAUUUGUUCCUCUAGAAUCUAAAUAAUAAAAAUUCAUUUUUUAAAUUCAA